CUUAUUUUCCUUAUUUUUCUUAUUUUAUGAUGGCCUACAUUCGACUGCCGUGAAUGGUUGUGACCCCAGGCUUAGGGGUUGCUCUACUACCCUUUCCAGUUCGCUUUGCAUGUUCCAGGUCGACGUCGCUUCGUGUAGCAAACCCUUCAAGUGACAAUUCGCCGUUUUGAAGGCGCACAAUCGCCAAUUCACACUACUGCCGAUCCAGCGUCUUCACCGCCUGAACAAGUCUAGUAGCGCGGGAUGGGAGAGAAAUUUCCAAAACAUACUAACCUCCUAUGGGGGCAUGGCUGGUAUCUGUCUCGACUCUCCCGUGGCAAGACGCAGCUGCUCCCCGGGGCCACCGCGGACCUACCUAUAGCGCCAGGACCCUGAUGAAAUAUAGCGGGGUAAGGGUUCUCCGUAUUUCACAUGAGUAGAGCAGAUACCCCUCCUUCCUCGUCAGCACAGCCCCUCAAUCUCCCAAACCGUCGAAAUGAGCAACUCUGGAAGUACUGAGCGCAAAGUAGCUAUCGUUACCGGUGCUACGAGCGGAAUCGGGUCGUGGGUCGCAGAGAGCCUGCAUCAGCGGGGCUUUGCCGUCGCUGUUGCCGGGCGCCGUGAGAAGGAAGGGCAAGAAGUUGCUUCUUCCCUCGAUCCCACUGGCUCCACUGCCAUUUUCGUUCAGACGGACGUCAGCUCCUACCAAUCCCAGUCCAAACUGUUCCAGACAGUCUGGCAGAAAUGGGGCCGUCUUGACGUGUUGAUCGCCAACGCUGGCACCGUGGAUCGAGACUCCAAGUACAACUUCGGCCUUCGCAAUGCCUCGGUCACUGACCUGCCUCCGGAGCCGGAUACGACUUGCACGGACAUCGACUUCAAGGGUGUCAUCUAUGGAACCAUCCUGGCUCGCCACUUCAUGCAGCACAACCCCCAAGGAAAGGGUGGAAAGAUCAUUGUCACGGGGAGUAUGAUUGGUAUUUACCCAUGCGCUACUUUCCCAGAAUACUGCGGUGCAAAGGCUGCUGUCCACCAAUGGGUCAGGACCGUAGGACCGCUGUCUCUGCAGAAGGACAAUGUCAGCAUCAAUUGUGUGAUGCCCGGUGGGGUUGAUACCCCUGCCAUGCCUGACUUCGACGUCGCUUUCUUGUUUGAGCACAUGACGCUCAAGUCGAACCUGCUCCGUGGCUAUGACCUCUUCAUAGAUGAUGCAGAGAAUCGCAGAACGGGCCAGUGUAUCGAGACGGCCCAUGACAAGAUUUACGAAUGGGGUCAUCCAGGCUACAAGAGUGGUGCCUUUGGCAAGCGGACUGAGAAGGUGUAUGAACCGUGGUUCGAACUGAUGCAUGGCGAGAAGAGUGAGCUUCCCGGUGCCAUGAAGGAACCCCCCAAGAAGGGCCCGAAGAUCAUCGCUGUGACGGGCGCAACGGGCAGUCAGGGUGGAGGCGUUGUGAAUGUGAUGAAGAAGGUUGAUGGCUGGAAGGUCAGGGCUAUCACCCGGAACGCAGGCAGUGAUGCAGCCAAGAAGCUUGCCUCGGAGGGCAUCGAGGUCGUGGAGGCCAACUUCGAUGACGAAGAAUCACUGAAGAAGGCGUUCGACGGUGUCAGUGCUAUCUUCGCCGUGACCAACUGGUGGGAGCAUCUCUUCCAAGGCAAGAGCCAGGAGGAGUCCGGUAUCAUUGAGGAGGAACAGGGUAUGAAGCUUGCGCGGGCUGCCGCAGCCACGUACACCCUGGAGCACUACAUCUGGUCCACCACUCCAAGUGCGAAGCGCAUGUUCAACGGGAAACUCCUGACCCCUCACAUGGACUACAAGGCCAAUGUCGACGCACGAAUUAAGUCUGAACUCCCCGAUUUGGCUGCCAUCACUACUUACCUGUAUUUCGGAUACUAUCCACAGAAUAUGGCCUUCUUCCCUCUUAUCAAGCCUAUCCAUCAUCCUGGCAAUGGCCACUGGAUCCAGGCCAUGCCCACAAAGCCGGACGCCAAAGUCCUCACCUCCGGCGACAUGACCGUCAACCCCGGCAUCUGGGUCCGCCAAGUCCUCGCAACCGGCGACCGCGCCUAUGGCAAGUACGCCAACGUCGCUUUGGAGAAGCUGACCUUCCGAGAGAUGAUGGACAUGUGGUCCGAGAUCACGGGUAAGAAGGGCGUCUUCAUGGAGACCACUAUCGACGCCUGGACUCAGCUUUGGGGUCCCGCCGGCAAUGAACUCGGCUUGCAAUUCAAGUUUGGCGAGAUGUGCGAUCCCUGGGAGGAGACUGAGGAGUUCAUCAGCCCUGAGGAGUUGGGUAUUGAUCGCAACGAGGUUGUUGGGUUCAGGGGCACUAUCGAAGGGCUCAAGCAUAUGUUCUAGAGUAGAGGAGUCGGCUACGGCCUCCUAGUGGAUGCUCUCAGGGCCUGAUUUCCUUAGCGACUUCAGGUAGGCUAAGGGAUCUGUCCGACCCGUCCUUGCCAGCGAGAGUGGCGAGGUAACCUUCUCUGGCUAAAGAUCUUAGCUGCAAGCUUGAAACCAGGACUAGUCCUUCGCGUCCACCAUCCUAGAAACGUGAACAUCUUUCCAAAC